CCUCCGCCCGCGGACGCCGCACCCGAGCCGCGGAGCCGGGCGAGCCAGAGCGCUGCGGGCUCACAAAGCGGCCGGACGCGGCGGCGGCGGGCGGAGGAGCGUGGGGCAGCCAGCCGCGAUCAGCUUUCUCGGCGGCUGCGCCACAGGAGCUCAAGCAACUCGGACGCGGGGACCCGCGCCGGCCCCCAAGAUGCCCGCGAUCGCCGUGCUGGCCGCGGCCGCCGCCGCGUGCUGCUUCCUGCAAGUGGAGAGCCGGCACCUGGACGCGUUCACCCGAGGCGCGGGCCUCAACAACGGCAAUUUCCUGGACAAUGACCAGUGGCUGAGCACCGUCUCCCAGUACGACAGGGACAAGUACUGGAACCGCUUCAGAGACGAUGAUUAUUUCAGAAACUGGAAUCCCAAAAAGCCCUUUGACCAAGCCCUGGACCCAUCCAAGGACCCCUGCCUGAAGGUGAAGUGCAGCCCUCACAAAGUGUGUGUGACCCAAGACUACCAGACAGCUCUCUGUGUCAGCCGCAAGCACCUGCUGCCCAGGCAAAAGAAGGGGAAUGUAGCCCACAAGCUUUGGGUUGGACCUUCAAAUCUGGUCAAGUGCAAGCCAUGUCCUGUGGCACAGUCGCCCAUGGUCUGCGGCUCUGAUGGUCACACCUACACAUCCAAGUGCAAGUUGGAGUUCCAUGCUUGCUCUACUGGCAAAAGCCUCACCACUCUCUGUGAUGGGCCAUGUCCUUGCAUUCCGGAACCUGAGCCGCCAAAACACAAGACAGAAAAGAAUGCCUGCACAGACAAGGAGCUGAGGAAUCUCGCUUCCCGGCUGAAAGACUGGUUUGGAGCUCUUCAUGAGGAUGCAAACAGGGUUAUCAAACCCACCAGCUCUGACACAGCACAAGGCAGGUUUGACACCAGCAUCCUGCCCAUCUGCAAGGACUCCCUGGGCUGGAUGUUCAACAAGUUGGAUAUGAACUAUGACCUUCUGCUGGACCACUCAGAGAUCAAUGCCAUUUACCUGGAUAAGUAUGAGCCGUGCAUCAAGCCACUCUUCAACUCUUGUGACUCCUUCAAGGAUGGCAAACUCUCCAACAACGAGUGGUGCUAUUGCUUCCAGAAGCCUGGAGGUCUCCCUUGCCAGAAUGAAAUGAACAGAAUUCAAAAGCUGAGCAAGGGGAAAAGCCUGUUGGGGGCAUUCAUACCGCGGUGUAAUGAAGAGGGCUAUUACAAAGCCACACAAUGCCAUGGCAGCACAGGGCAGUGCUGGUGUGUGGAUAAAUACGGGAAUGAGCUGGCUGGCUCCAGGAAACAGGGCGCUGUGAGCUGUGAAGAGGAGCAGGAAACCUCAGGGGAUUUUGGCAGUGGUGGCUCCGUGGUCCUGCUGGAUGACCUGGAGGAUGAACAGGAGCUGGGACCAAAGGACAAAGAGGGGAAGCUGAGGGUGCAUACUCGGUCUGUGACAGAGGAUGAUGAGGAUGAAGAUGAUGACAAAGAAGAUGAGGUUGGGUACAUAUGGUAGUGCCCGCAGGGAAGAGGACAUAUGUUUUGCACACAAUUGCAAGUCACUUCCUAUUCCUGCAUUUGUAUCUAAGACUCCAAGGUACCAACGUCUCUGCUCCACUGUUGCUCUCUGUACCCCACUGAAGGUUUGGAAGACAACUUCUUGUCCCAGAGUAUUCUGAUUUUGCAUAUUGUGUGGGAGAAAGGGUAUUGUUUGGGGUUAUUUUUCAUUUUUUAAUUUUUUUUGGACAAGAGAAUGGCUGGUUUAAAUAGUCUCCUUCCUGUGAGAUUUUUGCAAUGAGCAUGUGAUUUUUGUGGAAUCGGAUAGUGCAGGGAGCCCCCACCCUUGUAAACAUCAAAGACCCUUUUUGAUUCCCCACAUUGGUGGUUAUUACAGCAUGGUUCCCAGCCUUACAGUGUCUCAGUGCUUUUCUUGUGUCCUGUAGAUGUUGUGGAAAACACACCACACUGUACCUUUUCCUCCCACCCCAACCACCCCUGCUGUUUAUUAUUAAAAUUUAAUUUUCGUAGUACUAUAUCUGGCUUCCUACAAAUAACAGCCUUAAUUCAACCCCUUUGGGGAAUUCGUUUAUUAAAAAAUCAGCAUCUGGAUACUUCUCUCUGCACAUACAUAAGUCUGUACAUAUGUACAAAAGAGACUGUGUACAGGCCUUGCACAUACAUUUUUCAAAAAAGGCUAUUAAAAUUGAUUUGAAAAAUGUUUUUGAAUUUGUAAGCUUGUCUAGACCUGGAACACAAUUUCUGGAAAUAAGAAAUUGGUAUGAAAGUCCCACUUUGCACUAACAGUCAGCACUUGUAGCCUGCAGGCUGAGGAGGUUUCUUCUCUAUGCAUUAGCAGAGUUAUUAGAAGGUUCUUUGAUUUGGAUAAGCCUCCGUUUGCCUAAGUCGCUUUUUCCUGCAGAAGCCAUGUGACUCUCACUUGGGCAGCUUCACAAGCCAUUGCUCUCAUUUCAGAUCAGAGCCCCAAGGCUGCAGCAGCCGCAUCUUUGUAGGGUCCUCCCUUCCCUACCUCUGCAAGGGCUUUUUGGAAGGCGUGCGUGUGCUCACCCAGUUUUCUGAGAAGACAGUACCACAGUAUUCCAUAGAAUACAACUUAGGGUUCUUAACUCAAUGUUUUGCUUUUGGCUCCUUUUUACCCACAAAUCAUGAUAUUCAAAAAAAUAUUUUGCAAAAAGUCAUACACGGAGGCCUAGAAAGAACUUCAGAGUAGCAUAUGGAAGCUAGGUUUGAGUUGUCAAGAGCUAGCCCCCAGCCCCCCAGCCCCCCUACAUACACAAAAGUCUUGAGAUAUUACUGCAAAAAAAAAAAAAGCACCGCUACAUUUAUUUUCCCAGAACUCAUUAUUGAAGUCUAGUUCCAAAUCUAGUAAAGUCAUUCUUUAGAAUUGUCUCAUAGAGUACCAAAGAGUAGUCUUCACAGAGGCCCCAUUCAGUUCAGUACCAGUCUGUAAACUCCUACCCUGUUUGUUUACUGCCCCACAGUUGCCCCAAUCAGCCCCAAAUCCCGGCUCUCUAGGCCACAUAUCUCUCAUAUCUCUCUCUUGCUUCCCCCAUGAGCUUUACCCAGUCCACAAGACAACCAUCAACUCAGGUCAAACAAACAAAAAUUAUUUAUUUACAUAUAUAUAUAUUUUUCUUCCAAACCAUGAUGCUUGUGGCAGCUGACUAACUCCGACACCAAAUUGACCAUUUAAAUGCAGUAACCCACCUUAAAUUAGCAUCCUCUAAUCCUUGCAUAGGCUGGAUAAAGUGGUAUUAUCCCAGGGCUGGUCUCAGAUGAGAAAUGAAUAGACUUGGUGUUGCUAUAUAGACAAUGUAUGUACCAUCCCUGUAUGGAGACCACAGGUAAGCUCCGUAUUGGGAUCUCAACCCUAUCACCUCAGUUUCCAUAUUUUUCCCCCACUCAAGUACAACACUGCAAUGAUUUAGAAAACAGGUGCUUAAUUGCUGCUAAAUUACAAUAGAGAACAUAAAAAUCAAGACGUAUUAAAAAAUCUCAGUUUACAGCAUCAAAGAAAAACACUGUUACUGUGUCCUCCAAGUUUGGAAAAAUGCACAAGAGAACAAAUUAAAAUCGACAAAUUGAUUUCACUUAGAGGAGCUUCUAGGAACGAAGUGAACCAUUGAUUUUAAUUUGCCUAAUUAUCUUAUGACAAGUAUCAAAUUAAGAUGACACUUAAAGAUCCUUAGCAUUAACUUAAUGAUGGAGAAGAGUGCUCAAUAGGCAAUUCCCAAGAAGAUAAUGAGAUGCCAUGUUCAGAGAUUUUUUUUCUAAGAAGAUAUUUUGAUUCAUUAAAAUAUUAAACAGAAAGCCCUCGUAAGCCUGGAACCCAAAAUCAACAGAGCAACAUUAACAUCGCUUUUCAUGCCUCACCUUGGCACAGCAGCGUUAAGCCUUUAAAGAUGUUUAGUAGUUUCCACUCGUACUUAGCUUUAGGUUUUGAGUCACCUUAUCCUUUGAUGUAGAAUUUUUGUUUUCUUGUUUUUGGAAGGGGCCCUUUAAUUACAGUAACCAACUAUACAUAAGAUAUUGACUUUUUUAAGGAAAGAAAAUAGUCUUAUAAGAAUCCUAUCCUUUGUUUGAGACAGGUAUUGAGUUCAGUCCUAACUUAAUUUUAGAAAUUCUUUAGUGAAUAGUUUCACAUCCUCUGACUGGUUCUUUAACACCAUUACAGUGGCAUCCAAGUUAAAUCCAAGGAUUUUCUUUCGCCAUGGUUAUUUGUCUGCCAUAUUGAUUUCUUUUUGUCUCUACAAAUGCUCUUGGCAUGGGAAUACCUUACUACUGAACUUGAGGUUUUGUACCAGUUUCUCCUUGUUUAUGCCCAUUGCUCUACCCAUAGAAGCAAAUGAUGUAUCUGACCAGGUCUGCCUCUCUGCUCUUCCCCAGAUAGCAUCCCCAUUUGGUUUUGGUUUACCUUGACCACGCUGUAAAUUAAUAUCCAAGCACUCUUUCUACAGUGGGUGGUUUUGGUCUUUUUAUACCUUUUUCUCAAAGUCACUGAUGUCUGUCCCUGUUCAGUGUGUAGCCUUGUAAUGAGAGCCCAUCAAAUCCAGAGUGUCCGUUUGUUGUCCCUAUUGUAGAUGAAAUAGUGAUGUAGAAAAACUAGUAUUCUGAAUGCUUUUCCAUGUAGACUUCCUGGAAUGUGAACACAACUCUUUGGUUAAUAGCAAAUGCUUAACUGUAGUCCUGAGUAGGUGCAUUUCUGUCUGUCUCAAUAAAUUUUACUUUGUCUGCAA